AUGGAUAACAGACUCUCAGCUUCUCUAGGCCUCCCCUCACCCAAUCAAAACCAUUACCACCACCACCUCCAUUCCCAAACCUCCAAUGACUUCCAUAGCCUCUUCACCCAUUUCAUCACCCCAAAUUCCCAAUCUACCCUCACCCCAACCCAAAACCACAUCCCAUUCUUUGCCUCCACCACCUCCACAACCACCUCCCCCGCCCCAAAUUGGUUUUCCAAUUCCCGACCCAAGACCCGGCCCAAGACCCAGAUUUUACUGAAGAACCUCACGGUGUUCGAGCGCGCCCUCAUCGGCGCAGGCGGCGGAGGAAUCGCCGGAGCCUUCACCUACUUCUGCCUCCACCCUCUGGACACCAUCAAGACGAAGCUCCAGACCAAAGGCGCCUCAGACAUUUACGCAAACGCCUUCGACGCAGUCCUCAAGACCUUCCAGACCAAGGGCAUCUCGGGAUUUUACAGCGGCAUAUCCGCUGUCAUCGUCGGCUCCACCGGCUCCUCCGCCAUCUACUUCGGCACCUGCGAGCUGGGUAAGUCGGUGCUCUCCAAAUUACCCAACUACCCUCCCGUUCUUAUCCCUCCCACGGCCGGAGCCAUGGGCAAUAUUGUAUCUUCCGCAAUUAUGGUCCCGAAGGAGCUCAUCACGCAGAGAAUGCAAGCCGGGGCCAAAGGGAGGUCGUGGCAGGUGCUGUUGAAGAUCCUGGAAAAUGACGGCGUCUUGGGUCUGUACGCAGGGUACUCUGCGACAUUACUGAGGAACUUGCCUGCGGGUGUCUUGAGCUAUUCUUCGUUCGAGUAUUUGAAAUCUGCGGUUCUGAGCAAGACGAAGCAAACCCAUUUGGAGCCGCUACAGAGCGUGAUCUGUGGGGCAUUGGCCGGUGCAAUAUCGGCCUCCAUUACGACCCCGCUUGAUGUGGUGAAGACGAGGCUGAUGACUGGUGCUGCAAAGAGUGGGGUUUCGGGGACGGUGAAGCAGAUUUUAAUGGAGGAGGGGUGGGUGGGGUUGACGAGAGGAGUUGGGCCCAGAGUUCUUCACAGCGCUUGCUUUUCUGCUUUGGGUUACUUUGCGUUCGAGACUGCCAGGCUUGCCAUUUUGAAUCAGUAUAUUAAGAGGAAGGAGCUGCAAAUGCAAGAAUUGGCUGUUGAUGUUGGUGUUGCUUCCUCCACUUAA